AUGGUCGUGCAAAAUCGUUCAGUCCCUGUGAUUUACUUCCGCGGCGGCACGAGCAAGGCCCUCUUUUUCCACGAGCAGCAUGUUCCUCCUCGAGGCACCAAGCGUGACCGUUUCCUUCAACGCAUUAUGGGAUCUCCAGAUCCUCUACAGAUUGAUGGUAUGGGCGGGAGCCACCUUGUGACCUCGAAGAUUGCCUUGAUCAAGUCCUCGGACCAGCCUGACGUCGACGUCGAUUACACGUUUGUCCAAGUCGGAAUCAACGAGGAGACGGUCAGUUAUAAGGGAAAUUGCGGCAAUAUCUCUGCGGCUGUCGGCCCUUUCGCCGUCGACGAAGGCUUCGUCAAAGAAUUGAGGCCGGGUGUGACUAUAGACCCGACGGUUACAACACAAGAGGUCAGAAUUUAUAAUACUGGGACGAAGAAAGUCUUGAUUUCCCAUGUACCAAUCAACCAUGCGACCGGGAAAUUUGUUGAGUUGGGUACUUUUGCUAUCGCUGGCUGUCCCGGCUCAGGAUCCCCCAUUCUCAUGGACUACAGCAAUGUCAUCGGCGCAGCUCUCAGCAGUGGGGUGCUUCCUACGAGUAAUUCUUUAGACACGAUUGUCAUCAAUGAUUCUAAUAUUGACAUCACCAUCUGCGAUGUUGGCAACAUUAUUGUCUUUGCACGAGCCAAAGACCUGGGUCUUGCAGGAAAUGAGAAGCCCUCUGAUCUUGAUAACGAUCCAGCGCUCAUUGCCAGAGUCAGAGAGCUCCGCGGCAAAGCUGCGCAAAUGGUUGGGAUGUGCAAGAAUUGGGAACUUGUCGACGCUCAAUCACCAAUGCUUCCGAUGGUAGCGCUUGUUUCUCCUCCUACAGACAGCGACUGCGACGUCCAGUCAAGACUGUUUUUGGACAAUAAGUGCCAUACCUCAAUGGCCGGAACUGGCGCUAUUUGCACUGCUGCUUGCAGCCGAGUUGAUCGGUCGGUUGUGAACCAGCUAUUGACAGAGAGGCAUUCACAGAAGACAACUUUGAACAUUGAGCAUCCAUUAGGCAGUAUACCCGUGCUUGUCAAGGUGCGUUCCACAUCCAGCCAGAAGGUACCUGAAUUCGAAACACUUUCUUUCGUCAGAACUGCUCGGCGGAUAUUGGAGGGCAGUAUUUGCGUUCCAGACAAUGUCAAAGACUGUUUUGAGGAAGCAGAACACCCCAAGCAAUAUAGUCGACGUGCGGUUUAG